GACUGACGCAUGUAGAUUAAAAGGAAACAGAUCAUAUCAACUUAAUGUGAAUUUGAAUCUAUUGGCAAGAAUCUUGGAAACAGAUCAUAUCAACUCAAUGUGAAUUUGGAUUUAUUGGCAAGAAUCUUGGAAACAGAUCAUAUCAACUUAAUGGAAUUUUGGUUGUGUGUAUGAAGGGAGUGAGAUUCACAGUUCUUAUUAACAAGUAUACACCUGAAUACCUGAUAACUUCAAUGUCAAAGGGUAUGGACUAUGGAGAAUCUGAUAUGUGGAACCAUUUGUUUGGAUUUUGCAAAAUUGAGAACUAUAUUGACAGUGCUACUGGUGGGAGGUUGUUUAAAGGUAAUGGAGAACCUGUUUUUAUCCGUGGUGGUAAUUUGGAUAUUGUCAGAUGGUUUAUUGCGGCUUUCCAAGAAGCGAUAUCAAACAGACAUUAAGUUUCAUGCUGAUAUGAACUUGUUAAUUCUCCUCAAAAGUGUGUGAUCUUUCUCAUUUAUCAUCCCACUAUUUAUACAAAUUCUAAUGUAACAUAAACGUUACAAGCAAGUAGAUGUUACAGCCACAAAUUAAUGCAAAUG